AUGAAUAAUCCUGCUAAUGGCUCAUUCCAAGGUCUAUCUGUGGAGCCUUCUGGAGAAAUUAAGGCGGUUAUCGAUAAGACAAAUAAAUUUCCCAUCAAAUCUCCGACUCUCCAACUCUCUAACUCCGCAACAAUCACCAUGGCCGACUCAGAUCCCUUGCUGAGUGAUCUCUGCUCAAUAUGCCAUGUCAAUCCUCCCAAAUACCGCUGUCCACGCUGCUCAACACGCACCUGCUCUCUACCCUGCACACGUCGCCACAAACUCUGGUCGCAAUGCUCGGGCGUACGCGAUCCAGCUGCAUAUCUAAAACGCAAUGAAUUAAACACCGAAUCUGCGUUCGACCGCGACUUUAAUUUCAUCACCGGCAUCGAGCGCGGCCUCGAGCGCGCGGAGAGAGAAGUCGAUAACCGCGGCAUUGACCUUACGGGUGGUCCCCAGCCCGAUGACGGUAAUCCCGAAGGUUUCCAGCAUCCGGCUGCUAGCCGCAAGAGGAAGCACCCGAACCAGGGCCUUGCCAAGGGCGAGGCUGCGUUCUUGCGCGGCACCGAGACUGCUGGAGUGAGAGUUCUCCGAGCUCCGAAGGGAAUGUCGAGGAAUAAGCAGAAUGGGUCACGUUUACAUCCCAAGCAUAAGCGUCUUGCUUGGACCAUAGAGUGGAUCACAGCUGAUGGGGUGAAAACUAUUCGUGAUUCUGUCAUUGAGUCAUGUUCUGUCGCUGAAGCCUAUAAUCGAUGCUGCCCACGCCCGAAGGAUCAAGAGCCAGUCAUCGAGCCGGUGAAGCAAGAGAAAAAAGAAGAUUUGGACACUCCUAAUACAACUAUCGGUGCACCCGGUGAGCCUAUCACGACAGGGACUGAAGCCGCAGAUACAAAACCACCACCCUCCCCAGUCAAAGACUCAGCAGAGGAACCAGCAGAUGCCUCAACUGAGCAAACGGAUGAAACACAAAAUCAGACUAUCGCCUCUCACCGCGGUCUUUACUUCUACCUUCACCGUCCGCGAACCACAACCAAAAAGCCCGUCUUAAUUCCUCUCUUGCAAUCCUCGACGCUCAAUACUGUUCUGCGCGAUCGGACCGUCCUAGAAUUCCCUACCAUUUAUGCACUACCAGAGCCAGCGGAGACCCUGUUUGCAGACAAGGAUAACUCCAAAUUUAUACUGGAGAAAGACUAUCUUAGGACCGCUGGGCCAGAUGAGAUAGCUCAAUAUUCUAUCACGAGUGAUAACGACGACGCGACUGGAAAUGAAACACUCCCUGGCUCUUCGGCGAAUUUUCAAGAUAUUGAUGAGAAGCUGGUGUUGGAAGUUUUGAAGCAAGAUCUAUUUGAACCAGUCUCGGAGACUGAGCCGGCGGUAUGA